ACUGCCUCAUUGUAACGACCUUACUCGCCCACGCCGCCCAUCUCAGCACAUAGACUCCCUUACAGCACGCUCUCUGUCCCCAUUCGCCUUGUUCGUGUAUCUUCCCCCAAAUCUGGAAGCCCACCCCCCAAAGAAAAAUGCUUGAAGAAGCGAUCCCUUCCUUCUUAGCCUCUUUCCACACCUGGCUCACCCCGACCGUCCUCUUCGUCCUCCUCAACGUUGUCAUUGGCACGAUCGCCGUCACCUCCAAGGCCUCCCGCCGCGGAGACGGCGAUCCCAACGCUCCGGCCGCUGCAAAUGAAAGCGUCGGCGCCAAGCUCUCCCGCUCUUCCUCUGCCUUCCUCCACCGCAUCCGCUCCUUCAACAUCCACCUGGACCGCCUCCAUCUCCCAACUGAAAAUCCUCUCGAUCAGAUUCAGACCUCUCUCCUUCCUCCUGCACCGGCAACAGACCCCAAUGAACCAGAUCCGACGCUGAAUGACGAGAUCCAGCACCAUCUCAGCCGGAGCCGCAAGUUGGGGGAGAUCGACACAAACCUAGCGGAACCGAUGAAGAAACCCGCCGGCGAAAAGCCCGAUUUCGAACAUUUCGAGGAGGCAGAGAUCUUCCAGCACGCUGAUAGCAUCGUCGGAGAUGAAGACACGGAAGUCGAUUCUCGUGCCGACGACUUCAUUAACCGAUUCCGACAGCAGCUGAAGCUACAGCGACUCGAAUCCAUCGUCAGGUACAAAGCGACGGUCGGCUGAGGACCCGAAUUAGUCAAACAAAUUCGACGAUAUAUGAAAAUAUAUCUCAAUUUCCUUUCUGAUUUCAUUUCCAGCGGUCGCUUUUUUAAAUUUUUAGCUCUGUUUUAGGAUUUAAGCAGAUUUAUUCUACAUGAACUUCGUCUUGUUUUGGUAUAUUGGAGCUUUCCAUUGCCCAUUGGAGGGCAGGCUUUACGGAGAAAUUGGAUAUCGUUUUUUAUUUUUGAA